UCAUCGUUGCUUGUAAUUUCUUCACCUACCUUGUAAAAAUCUACUGAAUCAGGGCCCCAUUAUUUGAAUCCCUCCCUUUUUUGUUUCAACUUUCUCUGGGUAUGUUUCUAAGGCUGAGAGGAAGUAAGAACAGUGAAUGUUUUGAUUCUUACUCAUUUAGGGCUCUUUGUGCUACUGGAUUUGGCCAUUUUGAUCUUGUUUGUGGCUAUGGAUUAUGAGUUUCUGGGUUUUUCAUCAAUCAAGGGGUUGAAGAACCAGGCACUGUUCUUUAUCACUUCUGGCUGUUCUUGAAUGAAAGAGUAGUAAAAGCACAUGGGUUUCAUUUUCCUUUGCUUUUUAGUGCCUAGAAUCUAUGCUCUGAAGGGAUUGAAGCUUUUCAUCUCAACUUUGCAUCUUUUUCUCUUUUCAUUGAUGCCAAAUCUUAUCUCACAAUGAAGUGUUAGCUGCUUGUGAAAUGGUUUUACUAUUUGAGUAGCUGAAGAACAUAGAGCCUAAGGAGUGGAUUUUCAGAUUUUCCCCAUUUCCUAAAGCGUUCUUGACAUGGAUUUUAGAUCAUAGCAGAGCUUCAUAGAUUUGUCUGUUCUUGGGGAAUAAGCACAAGGCUAGAUGGCGGUGGACGAAAAGAGUAAGAGCUCGAUUUGGAGUCGAGAUCAGGACAAGGCAUUUGAGAAUGCUCUAGCCACUUAUCCAGAGGAUGCUGCUGAUCGUUGGGAGAAGAUUGCGGCGGACAUAGCUGGAAGAACAGUAGAAGAGAUAAAAGAUCAUUACAAGGUGUUGGUUGAUGAUGUUAACCAAAUUGAAUCUGGAUUGGUUCCUCUGCCGUGCUAUAGCUUUUGUUCUGAUGGGUCUCCAAGUGAUGAUACUAAAAAGAAGGGAGACCACCAUGGGGUUGAUAAUAGUGAACCUUGUAUGGGAAAUAAAGCUCCAAGAUCUGACCAAGAGCGUAGAAAGGGGACUGCAUGGACAGAAGAUGAGCACAGACUAUUUCUUCUGGGUUUGGAUAAAUAUGGAAAAGGAGAUUGGCGAAGUAUUUCCCGGAACUUUGUGGUGACAAGAACACCGACUCAAGUGGCAAGCCAUGCUCAAAAGUACUUCAUUCGUCUGAACUCAAUGAACAAAGACAGAAGGCGGUCGAGCAUCCAUGAUAUCACCCGUGUCGAUAAUGGAGAUGUAUCUGCACAUCAAGGACCAAUUACUGGUGAAGCAAAUAGUUCUGGAGGAGGAGGAGGAAGCUCUACCAGCAACUCCUCCAAACAGCCAUCUCAACCACCUACUGGAUCAUUCGAUGUCGGGAUAUACGGCGCUCUAGCCGUCGAGCAGCCCGUAGGAGGUCCCUUUGGUCCGGCAGUUGCCACUCCGGUUAGUACUCCUCCAGCAGCACAUACGACAUAUGCAGUCAGAUCCCGUGUAGUGAACUCACUGGUUCGUAGACCACCAGUGAAUAUGAGCUCCAUAACAUAUUAAAGGUAAUGUUCUGUUCUGUUCUGUUGUGGCAUAGCUUAUCUGAAGAGUGGUCUUAUGUUCUUGUUUGGUCUCACAGGACAUUUACUUGUUAGUACUUGUUUCACGAAUGAAUGAUGUUUGGGAUUCAAUGUUCUUUUCCAAGCCAUUGGAUUAAGGUUGUUUCAUUUUAGUUCAGUAAUUCAUAGGAGUGUUGAGAACCCAAUCGAAUCGAGUUGGAUCCAAAGCCGAGAAUGUGUUGGGUCGGGUUGAUUUUUGCAGCAAACCGACACGACCCGUUUUCUUUAUAGGAUUUUUGGAGAUACAAUGUACAAGUAAUAGGGGUGGCUUGGCAAUUUGAAACCAAACAUAUUGAUGUCAUUUUUGAAACAUGGUUUGAUUUGAAAUUGGAUAA